AUGAGAUGGCAUGCAGAACAUUCUACUCAAGAAGGAGAAAUUACACACCCAUCUGAUGCAAAGGCGUGGAAACACUUUCAAUCGGUAUAUCCUGACUUUGCUCAAGAGUGUAGGAAUGUUUAUCUUGGGUUGUGUACAAAUGGUUUUAGUCCAUUUGGUAUGUCCGAGAGACAAUAUUCAUUAUGGCCUGUUAUAUUGACGCCAUACAAUCUUCCUCCAGAUAUGUGUAUGCAAAGUGAAUUUCCGUUCUUGAGUAUUUUGGUACCAGGUCCAAAGUGUUCAGACGUUCGAUUCGUCGAGAAAAGAAAUUUCAAUAUGUGGGCAGUGCUAAUGUGGACGAUUAGUGACUUCUCUGCGUACGGAAUGUUAUUUGGGUGGACAACACAUGGAAGAUUAUCAUGUCCUUAUUGUAUGGAUCGUAGAGAGGCAUUUAGGUUAAAGUAUGGGCGAAAACCUUGUUGGUUUGAUUGUCAUCGUCGGUUUCUUCCAUUGCAUCAUCCGUACCGGAAGAACAAGAAGUUGUUUAGAAAGAACAAAGUUGUGCGUGUUCCUCCACCAACUUAUGUCUCUGGAAAUGAUUUGUUUGAGCAGAUUGAUUACUAUGGCGCUCAAGAAACAUGUAAACGUGGGGAAACUAUCAUACACCAGCAAACAUGCCAGAUGGAUAUGGAAGCUCUCACAAUUGGCACAAACAGAGGUAAAACAAAAGAUAGCAGGAGAUCUAGGUUGGAUUUGGCAGAAAUGUGCGCAAUGAUCGGUUUACAUCUUACAAGAGAUGGGAAAUUACCAGUACCCCAAUUUCGAUUGUCAGCAGAGGCUAAGAAGGUGUUGUUCGAGUGGGUUAAAUCUGAAGUGAAGUUUCCAGAUGGAUUUGUCUCUAAGUUUUCAAGAUGUGUAGAGCAAGGCCAAAAAUUUUCAGGUAUGAAGAGCUACGAUUGUCAUGUCUUCAUGCAACGGCUACUACCAUUUGUAUUUCUUGAGGUCUUGCCAACACACGUUCAUGAAGUUAUUGCAGACGUGAUGGAACAUUUUCCAAUCCAUCUACCACAUGAAGCUGAUCUUGGUGGGCCAGUGCAAUUUUGCUGGAUGUAUCCUUUUGAGCGGUUUAUGAAAUCUCUUAAAAGAAAGGCCAAAAAUCUUGCUAGAGUUAAGGGGUCGAUAGUCGCCGGGAGUUUAACCGUGGAAACGUCUCACUUCACAUCAUACUACUUUAGCCCCACCGUGAGAACCAAGAAAACACGUACUCGACGAUAUGAUGACGGAGGCGGUGCACCUACAUAUAAUGUUCCUGAUGUUCCAGAUAUCUUUGCUCAGAUAGGAAGACUUGCUGGAAAACUUUUUGAUAUGCAGAUUCGUGAAGCAUAUCCUAAUUUAGAAGAAUCUGACUAUGAGGCUUGCAAAGAGCGGGAUUUCGCUAAUUGGUUAAAAUACUAUGUUCAAAAUGGAUGUGGAAAUGAACCCUUGCCUCUUUGGUUGCAUGAGCUCGUUCAAGAACCAAGAGCGAAGAUCACUACUGCUCUGGUGUACUUUACUCGCAGUUAUACUUUUCAUAUGUACGCACACGGAAGCCGCAAAGCUACAACAAAUUAUGGAAUCUAUGUACAAGCUGGUGAUAGUGAUUUCUACGACGUUUUGCAACAAAUAUUAGAAGUUGAUUAUCUAGGCCUUUUGAACUUGAGAUGCGUACGUUUCAAGUGUAACUGGUAUGAUCCAUCGGCCCGAGGCUUGCAAGUAAAUAAUUGGGGAGUUGUCGAUGUGAAUGCAAACAGAUCAUACCCCAAAUUUGAUCCUUUCAUCCUAGCAUCAGAAGCACAACAAGUGAACUUUCUGCCCUAUCCUCGUUUAAGGCCAAGACUUGAAAUGUGGUUAUCAGUCAUUAAAGUUAAUCCUCGAGGUCGUAUAAUCGGGUUAGUUGAUGAUCAAGUCGUGUUGCAACAAGAAAGAGUCGGUGAAAUUUCCAUUCCAAACAUGUCAACAGAAGAUGUUAUCCACAUUGAUCCACAAAACAAGCAAAUUGAAGAUGUUGAUGAUGUUUCUGAAGAAGAGGGUGAAUUAGAUGAAUUCGAAGAGUUUGAUGAUGGAGAAGAUUCUAAUGAUGAUAAUAUAAUUUCUAGUAGUUCAGAAAAUGAAUCUGAUUGA